AUGGCAGCCGAAGACGACCACAACGAGCACGGCAAGGCUGUAUACUCCAAUGCGAUUGCUGAGACAAUUCCUUUCUGGCCCGUUGGCUCCAAGUCAGAUCCCGCAGGCUUUGGCUUGGCCUACACCACAACCUGCUCUCCCGUCCAAUUGAACGGCGAAAUCGACCUAACUGAAUUCGUCGAAGAGCACGAGCAGCGGACGAAGGGUGGCCUGGUCAAGCGUGGAGGUUCAGUGAUGCGCUUCGUCGACUACCCUCCUCAUGGAGCCUCGCCAAUGCACCGCACUGUCAGCUGCGACUACGCUGUGGUGAUAAUUGGCGAGAUGGAGUGUCUGCUGGAUUCAGGUGAGAGACGGACGCUGUCCCAGGGAGACGUGCUUAUCCAGAGAGGGACAAUGCAUCAGUGGAUCAAUCGCAGUGACUCAUGGUCGCGCAUGUUAUAUGUCUUGCUUGAUGCUAUAGAAGUAGAGAUUAACGGGCAACGACUGCAGGAAGAGCUCGGCGAUAUGACAGGCGUUCCCAAUUCUCAUUAA